CCURUAGAGUCAAAGCACUGCAAAAUGCCGACAAAAAAGAAGAAGUUCAACGCUCGUUUUCCUCCGGCUCGUAUCAAGAAAAUCAUGCAAACAGACGACGAUGUCGGCAAAGUCGCGGCUCCAGUUCCCGUGAUCAUUUCCAAGGCUCUUGAAAUGUUUCUACAAACGAUGGUCGAGAAAUCAUGUAGUUAUACUCAAGCUAGAAAUGCUAAGACCCUAACGACAGCCCAUAUAAAAAAAUGUAUCAACUCAGAACAGCAGUUCGAUUUUCUAAAAGAUUUGGUUGAAAAAAUCCCUGACUUGCCCGAGGAAGAGGAGGAUAUAGAUGGGGAAGCCAAGCCCAAGAGAAGAAAAGCACCGGUGGCACCAAAAGAAAAGGAGCCAAAAAGAAAGAGAAAACCUAAAAAAGAAGAGCAGUUAACACUGUCUGACGACUCAGAAGAUGAUCAAGAGGAUGACCCUCUAAGUGACGAAGAAGCAUCAGCAUCGACAGGUUGUCAUAGCAACAUGGCAUUAAAUAGUAGUGCCAUUCCAUCAGUGUCCUCAACCAAUCUUUUACUAUCAUCAAGAAACCCAACAGAUAUACCAAGUAUUACCAUAACAAAACCUGAACCUUCAAACUCUAAUAGUGCUGCCCAACCUCUGUCUGCAGUUCAGCCAACAUUCAACCAUAUACCAAUGAUGAACUCUAGUAAGUCUGUUGAUGAUGAAGAUGAUGAUUACGAUUCGUAACCAUGGGCACUCUCUUCCUGUUCCCAUAACAACUGUUUGUUUUGUUCCAGUUCAAAAGGAAGUGUAUAGACUUUUUAAAAUAGUUUGACAAUGUUAUAUUAAUUAUUUUUAAAGCAUGCUWAAAUGCUCAAAGUUCGCCAAUCACAAAACAUGCCAUAAUUUUAUAGUGAUUGCAGCACAGUAGUUUUCAAAAAAACUAGACUUURUUGAUAUUUUCAGUGUAUCAUUCCUAAUUACACUUAAGCUUUGUUUCAUUGGUUUUUGGAAAUUUCUCAGUACAUAACCUCCUUUAGGAAGGAGMAUUGCGURAAGACACAAGGGAAGCUUCUAAAGGAGGCUACUCUAUACAUAGCUGUCACAGGAACUGUCAAAUGGUAUCUGUACUUCUAGGGCUGGAAAUAACUUUCUGUCAAAAGUUUUGAAAGGACAAUUUGACUGGACAUAUUUUUGAGUUGAUUAUAGUUAGGCAUUAUAAUCUGUAAUUAUUAAGGCUGAUUGGUGGUCUGUUGUGAAAUUGUAAACAUCAAGAAUGACUGGCCAAAGACAUGAAAGGCCAACAUCUGCCCAGCCAUUAUUUCCAGCCCUGUAAUUCGCCAUACACACCAAGGCAGUCGGACCAGGGAGCUGUGUUCUCAUUAAUUCAAUCCCAGUCCCACACUCCAAGUUUGUGUUGCUUCGGAAUCUUCUGAAGUCUUCUAUGUCAUAUUGAGUAAAGGAUAGAUUAUAAUGCUAAUUCUCUUUUAUUAAAAGAAAUGUGAUAUGGUUAUCUAUAGUCAAUGGUUAGAGUAUUUUCAAUGUAUUUUUCUCUUGUACACAGAAUGUUUUCUGCCCAUGGUCAAAAUGAUUUUUCUUUUUGUUGCUUUGGCAGUGCAAGACAUGUUCAACCUGUGUAAUGUCCUGCUAUAUUUUAAAACUAUAACUAGAAACAUCUUGCAAAAAGUGUGUAAAGGCCUAUGUAAGUCAUUCUUGCAACAUAACUACAACUGUGGUCAGCUGUGGAUCCAGGGCGUCAUCUACCCCGGUUUUUAUUCAACUUAAAUGAGACAAGUUUUCUAAUCUGCAUUCAAACAAGCAGCACUCAUAUAUUAAAAGCUAAGAAAAUUUGGACCCCAUUUUUGAAAUUCAAUUCAAAAAUUCAAUCUAAAUUCCUACACUUGUAGCUAUGUUGUAAGAGAGACAUAAGCAGGUUGCAUGCGAUGUUGCACAUUCAACCCGUUAAAAGGUGUUAAUUAAUUUCCUGUGAGAUUUUUUAGAGUAGCAAAUAUAACUGCGACAUGUUUAUGAUUGGCUAUGUUGCAUAUUGCAAUAUUGCUGCCAUAUUGAUGUCACAUUAAAACUUUAUUGGCUGAUUUAUUGACAGGAGCAAAAAAUAUUUGUGUACUAGGAGUUGCAAUUACAGUUACUGCAUAUUCUGAUAGUGUAUCUAGAAAUCUGAAUCAAUCUAUUUUGUUUGCCAAAAAAAUCUGAAAUUUUCUAUGUACAGUAAUUUAAAAUAAAUCCAUUUUAUCAAGAA